AUGGUGCCCAGUGUUGGGUCCUUUUUCACUCCCCUCAAACUUGUCGAGGCCUUCAAUGAGUACGAUGAGUUUUUUGCUCUGUCCCGGCGUCGCUACAUUCCGCCCAACUUUGCAGAAAUGCGCCAUGUGCUCAACAUUGCCCAGGUGCAUUCAUCCGCCAAAGGCCUGCGGCUAAUCACAUUUGAUGCGGAUGGCACGCUGUAUGCCGACGGCUGCCACAUAGAACAUGACAAUGAAAUGGUGGGGCACAUCAUUUCACUGAUGCGCGCCAACAUGGAUGUGGCCAUAGUGACGGCGGCUGGGUACCCUGGGGAGCCAGAGCGCUUUGAGCAGCGCGUGGCUGGACUCCUGGCCGCCUUCCGGCGCCUCAAGCUCCCUGCAGAAAUCACCGACCGGUUCCACAUAAUGGGGGGCGAGUGCAACUACGUGCUGCGUGUGGCGCGGCCAAGCAUGCGGCUGGAGUUUGUGCCAGAUGAGGACUGGAAAUCCACCGCAAUGAUGUCAUGGGCCGACGCUGAGAUUGCCCGGCUUCUCACCGACGCCGAACGCGUCCUGGCCGAGACCGCGCACCGCCUGCGACUGCCCGUGCAGGUGAUCCGUAAGGAGCGGGCGGUGGGAGUUGUACCGCAGGUGCCGACGGUGUACGAGGUGCUGGAGGAGAUGGCCAUCACUGUGCAGCAUACGCUCAUGGACUCCCCCACGCCCUUCUGCGCCUUCAACGGCGGCUCAGACGUCUUCGUCGACGUGGGCAACAAGUCUUUUGGUCUGGAGGCGCUCAUGAACUACCUGGGCCUGACGCCGUCAGAGGUGCUGCAUGUGGGCGACCGGUUCACGGCGAGCGGCAACGAUGCAACAACGCGCGACUGCUGCUCCAUCCUGUGGGUGGCCAACCCGGAGGAGACCGACUUCUUCAUCAAACUGCUGCUCACUGACCUGCGCCGCAUGCGCGAGCAGCCCUACAUUGAGUGA